AUGGAGCAAAUACAGAUAAAAAACAAGCAGGGAAAGACUAAGACAUGUUUUGAUGCAGAUAUUGCACUUAUGAAGAAAGUGCUUCCCAGAGGUAACAGUUGUUCGAAAAAUUUCGACCGAGUAACAAGAAUGUUGGCUGGCCUCGGUCUUGAUCACCAAAAGAUAGACGCCUGCGUCAAUAACUUCUUCUUAUAUUACAAAGACAACAAGGAUGAAGUUGAGUGCCCACACUGGUACGAGCCAAGGUAUGAAGCUUCCACUUCAUCUAAGCAGAAAAAGCCCAUUCCUAGGAAGGUUCUUCGUUAUUUCCCGUUGGGUCCUCGUUUGCAACGUCUACUCGGACUUGCAACAGACGGAUUCAAUCCUACUGGAAACAUGAAUUUGUCUUACAGCAUUUGGCCUGUGAUAGUAUUUCCGUACAAUCUACCUCCCAACAUGUGUAUGAGGAAAGAGUACAAUUUCCUUACGCUUAUGGUUCCGGGGUCGUGUUCUCCAAGAAAGUGCUUGGAUGUGUACAUGAGACCAUUACUUGAUGAGUUGCAGGAGUUAUGGGAAAAUAGACUCCCUACUUUUGACAGGCAUGGUCAAACUUCAUUCAUGAUGAAAGCAGCUGUUAUUUGGACCAUCAGUGAUUUUCCAGCUUACGGGAUGUUGUCUGGCCAACAAACUAAGGGGUACAAGGCUUGCCCGGUAUGCAUAGAUGACGUCAAUUCUAGUUGGUACGCCGACAAAAUUUGUUUCUUGAGAUCUCGUAGACAUCUUCCCGAGGAUCACGAGUGGCGGUGGGAUGCUGAUGCAUUUGAUGCGACUAAGGAGCAUAAUCUGAAACCCCUAGGGAGGUCUGGUGAGUGGAUUUUGGAGAGGCUUAACCAGCACUGGUUCGGAUAUUUGAGCACGAGGAAUAUCGCUCGAUGUAUUAAGAUGGGGGAAAAUAUGAUUAGUGGGUUGAAGACUCAUGACUGUCAUGUUUUGCUGCAACGUCUUCUUCCCGUGGUCAUUAGAGCGUAUUUGCAGAGUGAUGUGGUUGACACGUUAGUGGCUUUGUCAAAAUUCUUUCCGAGGAUAUGCGCUAAAGAGCUUAAAAAGUCUGAUGUUCGGUCAUUGCAAGAAGACAUUGUGUACAUCAUGUGCAAGCUGGAGAAGAUCUUUCCCCCCACUUUCUUUGACAUCAUGAUUCACCUCAUGAUCCACCUUCCCGAACAAAUGUUGCUUACUAGUCCGAUGAUGCAAAUUCAACAGGAGUUUCCUGCUUCUUACGACCCGGAGUUGCACUUAUUGGCUGGAGGACCCCAAAGCCACAGAGUUCGUGCUGGAUGUUUUGUGAACGGUAUUAAGUUUGUGACGUCAGAACGAGAUGAAGGCCAUGUCACCCAAAAUAAUGGAGUCAUGGUUGAGGGUCCGGGUUUCAACUACUACGGGGUUCUUGUCAGUGUCAUCGAACUAAUCUAUGACAAUCGUAUGCCAGUCGUGUUGUUUAAGUGCAAAUGGUUCAAUACUGACCCAACUAGACGGAGGAGUACAAUUCUGGAUCGUAGCUUGUUAUCAAUGGACUCAAACAGUGUAUGGUAUGAGAAUGAGCCGUUUAUUCUUGCCACCAUGGUGAAACAAGUGUUUUAUCUUGAUGAUCCGGCUAUGGGUGAGGGUUGGAAAGUGGUGCAGGUGAUGUCACAUAAGAAUAUUUGGAGUGCAGCUACACUAGGAGGGGAGGAUGAUGAGAGUGGGCCCAGUGAACCAAUAACAACUGAUCAAUCGAAUGAACAAUAUCAAGAGGAUUCUCCACAUGUAGUCCCUGAUACUGAGGAUAUUCGUGUCAACAACCAACACGUUCCGGCUAUCAUAGGUUACCUUCCAGUUACACCAUCUGAACUGAACUCGCUACAACCUCGCAUCCCCAAUCAUGAUGAUGACGGCUUCAUAGAUGACGAAUACAUAGAGGAUGAUAAGUAUUCUGACCAAACUGAGGAGGAUGAUGAUUCAGACGACUCGGAUUAUCAUGAGUACGAUUAA